GACAAAACUGUCGCGUUUUGUCAAAACGUAGGGUAUUAAUCCAAUUAGAGGUAGAAUCGGAGCAAAAUUGCCAGUCCAUAGUGGGCAGCUUAAGGCAGAGGAGGUUCGCUUUAGUUCAAAACUAAGUUGUUGUUUUUAUACGCCAUACGAAUAGAUAAUUGAUACAAGUGCCUUACAACGUGUAAUGGUGUGAACUAUCUGUAAAUUCAACAGCAUGUUGAAGUUUUUGCGAGACACGAUGGUUGUACUACUGAUUUUUUAUCUUUAUGGGCUUUAUUCUGUGCAAGGAAAUGAUGCUGAUAAUCCGAAAUGGCCAGAUCUUUAUCAAUACGAUAAUUACGCUCAUUGUAAGGAGCAUGGAAGUGCCUUCUGUAUGGUUCGCGCAGUGGUGAAACCAAACUCUUCUAAUGAAGUUUGGAAUCGAAUUCAGGGCACCAUUUCAAAUAGACGGUUCUAUCCCCAUAAUUUAGUGGAACGAGCAAUUUGCAUCGAAAGAUGUCUUAAAACCGUCAGAAAUCUUAGUCAUAGUGAGCGCCAAGAACUGCUAGUGGAACCUUUUGCUGUGGAAUUCGAUUACUUACUUGAUAGUAAAUUCUUUCCACACCAAUCGCACUAUCGAAAGUUAUACGGAGAAGUGGUGAACUUGUGUAUCAACCAGGAGCUUCGUUCGGAAUUUGGGCUGCUAGCCUUCGCAGAGAUAGAAGACUGUCAUGAGCCUAAUCGCAGAUUAGAUCCACUUGACACGUGGGACGGCAUCUGCAUCGCCGUUAUCUGUUUAGUUAUUGUGUUUGCAAUUUUAAGCACGAUCUUUGACUAUCAUCUGAAGAAGAAAUUAGCUUUGGAUGAUCACUUUGCAACGAAUCUAGAACCAAUCGAAUACCGCCUCGCUACGAUUUGGUCAGUUCCGCGCAACCUGCGCUCGAUGGCCGCCCCUCCCAAAUCCGCCCUGGGUAAGGAUUUCCUCUGUUUGGAGGGUGUACGAUUCGCCACGAUGGCCUUUGUUGUCAUGGUUCAUACGCUUCAAAUGUGGAUGCGAGUGCCGCUGCAAAAUCCGGAAUUUUAUGAAGAUGCGUUUGAAGAUCCGAUCAUAGCAUCUUUGACGCAAAUGGCCACAAAUUUGGUGCAGUUGUUCUUCUCCAUCGGUGGAUUGCUAACGGCAGUGAAUCUGUUGGACUUUUUGGCCAAAAAUCCUGACAGCAUUCGAAGUUGGCGGAAGGUGCUGUGGGACAAGGUGGUCAACCGGUUGAAGCGGAUCCUGCCAGUGUAUCUGUUCAUGAUUCUGAUAGCAGCCACCCUAUUUAGGAGAAUCCCUCUAGGACCACUGUAUGAUCGGAUUGUGGGCGCUGAAUCGAGCAAUUGUCGCACGAAUUGGUGGAGCAAUUUGCUGUUUGUGAACAACUACGUCAAUGGAAAUGAUACGUGUCUACGAGCGAGUUGGUAUUUGAGUGCAGAUUUGCAGUACUAUCUGUUUGGAAUAUUUGCAUUGCUAAUGAUGACAAGGUUCCCGAAGACCACCAAGUACUGGAUCGGCUUCAUGGUGAUACUGAACUUUGCUGGACCAGGCUUGGAGAUAUGGUUUAGGCAACUGCCUCCAAUUUCAACAAACGCUAUUAGGUUCUCAGCUCCAACCUUUUUUGACGACGAAUGGAUGGAAAAAAUAUACAAGCCGUUCCAGACGAGUAGCGCCGGGUACUUUUACGGUAUCAUGGCUGGGAUGAUGUAUCAUAAAUUAAAACACACUGGAAAGAUCCUGGUGGAUCGAAAAGUUCGUUGUAAUCUCUAUUCUACUCGUAUUAAAUGUUUAAAAAAAAUCCUAAUUUCUCAUACAGACUCGCUUUUGGAUCGGACUACUGUCGCUAAGCUUUAUUGUUGUUUGUUAUGCACCAGGAUUCCUCAUGUACGAAGCAAACCUCAAGCCUCUUCCGUGGCCAAUGCCAUUCUACGGUUCUGUGACCAAGAACAGUUGUGGCUUUGCGUUCACCGUGGUCUUUCUCAAUAUGGCUCUCAACGAAUCAGGUUUGUGAUAAAACUUUCUUCCGAUCGAUUCUUAAAUUCGUGUGAUUUCGCUUUCCAGGAAAAAUCAGGAAACUGUUGGAACACCAAUACCUCGUACCGCUGGGAAAACUGAGCUACACGGUGUACCACAUUAAUUUCCUGCUUUUGACGGGAUUGGUUGGCGCCGUGCGGGAUCCGCUAAACUUUGACUUGACCAAGCUGGUUUGUACCUUUAACCCUGCAUAUACUUCAUUCUGCUGCAAAUCAAUUUCAUUUUGUUUUUUUUUCGACUUUAUUAUUCCAGAUUAUUA